CUUCAUUUUUUUUUUCCCUUCACCGGCCCAAAAGACGAAGCGUUGUGGGAAAACUCUGAAGCGUCGGGGUCGAGGUCAGGAUCGAGAGUUAGAGGGAAGAAAGAGGAGCAGGGGGAACACGGUCGGUGAGAUGGCGAGAUUUUCUGUUGGUGGCGACGACGAUGCUGAAGGACCAAGCGAUUCAAAGAGGCAGAGGACCUCUGUUGUAAACUCGUCUGACGAAGAGGCCUACUCUGAAGACCCAUCAGACGAAGACGAGUACCGAGUCGGACCCCUCCCAGGAGGAUACGAAGAACAAGGGGAGGAGGAGGAGGAGGAGGUUGUGGAAGAAGAAGACGGCGAAGAAGAAGAAGAGGAGGAAGAAGAAGAAGAAAAUGAGGAACAAGGAGGAGAAGGAAUCAAUGAACUGAGAAGAAGAAGAGUUGUGGGAUUAGGACCAAACUGUAGCAGAGAGGUUGCUAAUAAAGGGAGAACAGCUAGAGAUGCUUCCAUUUCUGUUACCCUUAUCGACCCUGAAGUGUUAGACUGCCCAAUCUGCUUUGAUCCUUUAAGCGCCCCUGUCUUCCAGUGCGAGAACGGGCAUAUAGCAUGCUCACCAUGCUGCAGCAAGCUUUCAAAUAGGUGUCCUUCUUGCUGUUGGCCAAUUGGCUACAACCGCUGCAGGGCUAUUGAGAAGGUUCUUGAAUCUGUCCAUGUACCCUGCCAACACAUGAAAUAUGGAUGCAAAGAAAGACUGAGUUACAGCAGGAAACAUGAUCAUCAAAAAGCAUGCAACUAUGCGCCAUGUUCAUGCCCUCUUACAGGCUGCCGUUUCAUCAGCUCAUCAGAGCAGUUAUCACAACAUUUCCGUGGUGCACAUUCAGAUUCUGUUUCUGUGCGGCAAUUCUAUUACAACUGCCGCUUCCAUGUUUGCCUGAAUAUGAAUGAUGGAUUUCUUGUCCUUCAAGAGCGAGACAAAGGCGAACUAUUUAUCCUCCAUAACCGUAUUAAAUUGCCUGGGAAUGCAGUCGUCGUCAGUUGUAUUCGCCCCCAGUCAUUCAAGGGAGGGUUCUCAUAUGAUCUUAUAGCAAGAAAUGGGGACAGUUCUCUCAGAUUGCACUCUUUGACAGAGAAUACGCCAGGCCUAAUUGAAAAUCCUUUUUCAAAGGGGUUUCUUCUGGUUCCACAUGGUUUUGUGGGUACUUGUCACCUGCUCAAACUGGAACUUUGCAUAUGGAGGAUGCAUAUUGUGCAGACAUGAGAACGGGGAAUAAUGUUAAGCACACCUCAGAAGCUGUUCAUGGAAGUGCGUCUGUGACCUGGUAAAUAUGUCUGCUCUGUGGAUUAUUCUUCCUUCUCCUGCAGAAGCUUUAUGCUUGUCACGGGUCGUUGAAGCAGAAUCAUCCAUUUGUUCAAAUAUCUUAUUCUUUUAUGCUGACUGAUUGGGCUGCCUCUUUUCCUGCAACUGGCUGAGGUUACUGCUGCUUGCAAUAAAUCGUCUCUCUUCGUAAGGCAUAGGGCCAUAGGCCCUCCCUCGAAUGUUGAUUGGCCCAUUAUUAGUGAAGCUAUAUAUUUGUAUUAUAUGUUCUACCCUUCGAAAAAAGGACAAAUUUGUAUUGCACUUUCUGUUUGCUUCCAGUACCAUUACAUUCCUUGUUUUAUCCAUUUAAUCAUCUUUUGUUUCUUGAAAAAAAGAAUAUGCCAAGGGAUGUAAUACAAAAAUUUCAGCUGUAUGUCGAGCCUUGUGCCCUUAACCAAGUCCUCUGUUAUCUA